CCAGAUUUUCAAAAAUGUAAUCGAUGAUUCUAGUUGAAAACGAUUAACUCUAAUAACAAAGAAACAAGGCAAUUAAAAUGUCAGUUUCUAUUCCGUUGCCAUCCAAUGAAAAAAUGUUUUUUGUGAGUUUCGGCGUUUUGAGUUCUGUUUUAGUUAUCAAUUCUGCAAUCUCCAUUUUGCCCAUCAGUGGACUAACAUUCCUGUUUAUUGCGAUAUUCAUAUGGUUUUUUUUGCUGUGCAUCACUUUCGUGGGCUUGCACAAGCUGCUUCAACGCAAUGAACCAGUUUCGAGAUCAAUUCUUAACAAAUACCUCCAGUAUUUGGGGUUUUCGUUAGCAUCUACCCAAAAAGAGAGGAAAGCCCCAAAAAUCAAUCCUGUGAGCAUCGAGCGACUAACCUCAGACAUAGAUAAGUAUUUUAUAUGCAAGUGGUAUUCUUGUAUAAGUGAAGAUGCAGAUUUUUCUGUAGAAAGUAAAGCAUUUCUACAAGAAACUUUGACAAGACUAGCUGAUGUCGUAGUGCAAGUAAACCAUACUUGUUUGCUUCAUGGGAUGCUAAAUUUAUUUUUGAAACACUUAAAGGAAUUUAGGAGAAGUUUAAAGAGGAAGGAGAAAUAUAAUGUGGGAAUUGAAGAGCUAUACAGGUAUUCCCAUAUAUGCAGUAUAUCAAGUAACAAAAAUUCAAAAGAAUAUUUUGUACAUCAGCUGACAACUAGAAUACUACAACAUUUCAUCAAUUCUGAGCUUUGGAAUUCAUUACCAUGCCAUGUCUUGGUAUCUAUACUUGCCAGAAAACUCAUAAGCUACUUAUUAACUCUUUUAUCAAAUCCAGAAAUUUUAAACUAUAUUAUAUUGAACACUUUAGCUUCUGAAGUUGUUAAAGACAAAUUAAAAUUGAGUCAGUAUGGUCGAAUAUCGAUAGUGGAAUUUUUUGAUGUGAUAGAUACUUCUGCAAACAAAGGUGAUAAAAUUUUUCUAACAAAGGCCUCAACAAAGGACGACAUUGCUAUAAAAGCUGAAGAAUUACAACACAAAGUUGAAGAAGCAUCCAAACAAUACAAAGAAAUAAAUGGUACUAAAACUAGUAAAGAAAAGACUCGAGAAAAUAUUAACAAAGACGGAGUAAAGCUGAGACAUAGGGGAAAAAGUGACACUGUGGACAGAAAAAAUCCACCUGAAAAGUCUCCAAAACAAAGUGAUUCUGUAAAAAUCUAUGAGCCGAAAAGCAGUGGGAAAACUUGGAGAGAUUCUAGGGAUUUAGCCUGUGUUUCUUUAGGUCAAGAUCCCCUGGAUGCUUUAAUCGAUGGAGGAAAAAGUAGCUCAAAGCUGGGAUUCUGGGAAAGCACAAAAGAUAAUGACUCGCCGCCAAGUGCAUCCCAUUUAUUCAACGAAGUGAUUCAUAUGACUUCAAUGGAAGGCUUAAAGACUUCUAUGAAACCAUUAAGUGAUGUAACUGAACGUACUCUACACAACAUCAAAGACCUACAAGAGGCGACAGUGCAUAAUGCUCUACACAAAAUUGGUGACUUCCAGGUAACUGAUAGUAGUGAUAAAAUUCAAGAUCCUCUCACUUAUUUACACUAUGUACCACCAAACACUCUUCUGCAUUCUUCUGUUCUGUCAAACACUCAACGUCUUCUCUAUGCUCAACCUGAGGAUGAGGCAGCUGGAAUGGUUGAAGGAAUAUUGGAUUUUGGGAGAGCAGGGUUCCGAAAGGGUUUACGGUUAACAGGACUUCAAGACAAUAUUGAAACAGCCAAAACAACUUUAUCCAGUAAUACUGCAACUGCUAAAACUGUGACAAAAUCUAUGCGCGAGCAAGUGAAGAAAAAAUUAGAAGAACUAAAAAAAUCUGAUUCAGAUUCUCAAGAUAAAUUGAGUUCGGCUGAUAGCGCUGAUUCUAUAUGGAUUAAUCCUAUUCAAAUAGACUCGCCAACUGCUGUUAGCCAAGUUUCAAUGGAUAAAAUACCUUCCAAACCUGAUAUAGAACUCAACCAACUUCCUAGAGUAGAAGACUGCUUGAUUCCGUCAAUUUCCACUGAAGACGCAUCUGGUACAAACAGUCCGGAUCCAGAAUACGAAGACACCGCUGACCUUGCUUCCAGCAUUGCCAAAUUAAGAUCUUUGCUACAACAAAGAUCUUCUGAGUCUAACUUGUCGACGCCAGCACUCAGUCCAAUGCCUGACGAGUAUGUUAUCUUACAAAAGCAAAUUGAAUCUGAAAAUACUUCAGACGUGGAAGCACUGGAAGUAGACGGCGUCAUGCCAAGUUUUUAUAAAUUUUGUACUAAAACAGCAUCAGGGGUAUUUUCAAAUACUCUGAACACUAUUAAAACUGCCCUACCUGGAAAUACCACAGAAAGCAUUUAUACGGUUGAACUGUGGAAAUUUAUUGCAGAUCAGAAAGAAUCUGAUAUUCUAGUAAGAAUGAAAAAACUUCUAUCUGAAAGAAAGGAAUAUUGUAUAUUGGAUAAGGAAAUUGACACUGGAUAUGAUGCUUUGGAUUCAGUGGAUGUUUUUCAACAAUCGCCAGUGUUGAUUUCUAGUCUUCAUUUUGAAGAUGAACUGGAUGAUUUCGAAGGCAAAAUUCCAAUAACCAAAGUAGUUUUAGAUUUAUUUUGUGAAUUGUUUGCCGACACAAACUCUCCUUUAGUACAAGAGCCAAUGAUUAAAGCUGUGUUACUCGUGUUUGGACAGACAAUGGAGCAAAAAAUAAUUAGUUUAAUAGCACAAUUGGUGGAAUAUUUUGCUGAAAAUUUGGUAACUAUUCCUGAAUCUACAAAUUCUAAUGUGCUUUCAAUGGAUAUAGAUGAAUAUAUUAAAAGUAUAGAGGAUAGUACCUCAGAAGCUUUAAAAUAUUUAUUUGGCAAAACAAACUUCAGAGAAGCCCUAAGAAUGUUAAUUUCAUUAUUGCAAAAACAGAAAAUCAACGAAGAUUUGCUUUUACAAGGAUUGGAACUUGUAGCUAUGAAAUUGAUUGAAGAAAGUAUCCUAAUAUCACCUCCUGCUUCGGCAUGAUAAUUCUCAAGUAUUGAAAAUAAUGUUUACUUAAUGGUGCUUUAAUUUGUUAAAAAAAAGGUAUAUAUAACUUCAAAGGCUUUAAAAAAUCCCUAUCGCGGAUAUUUUUCUAAAACAAAUUUAUUUUGACAAACCUGUGCUACCUGACAAUGGCAAAAGUUCAAUAAUAAUUGUUGUACCAAAGAUAAAUAAUAUUUAUUUAAUGAGGGAAGUGAUAAGUAUUAAGGAUUGUAAAGUAUUUUUUAUGGGCUUAGGAUUUUUUCCCCAACCUAUCUGGGUAUAGGUUUUAAUUUUAAAUAUUUGACCAAAUGAUUUUACUUGUGUUAACUAUAGUUUAAGGUGCCAUAAUUCCAUUUUUAUAGUUUUUUUUAAAAAAAUUGUUUUUAUUGUGUUCUGUAUUUAUUCUGUGAUGUAUAUUAAUAGUAUUUUAUGUUUUUUGAUCUUGCAUUAUUUUUUAACCAAAGGCUUCAGUGUAUUUUACCUAAUAAAUAUAUGCUUACAGUUUC